AUGAAUCCCAACUGCGCCCGGUGCGGCAAGAUCGUGUACCCCACGGAGAAGGUGAACUGUCUGGAUAAGUACUGGCAUAAAGCAUGCUUCCACUGCGAGACCUGCAAGAUGACACUCAACAUGAAGAACUACAAGGGCUACGAGAAGACGCCCUACUGCAACGCACACUACCCCAAGCAGUCCUUCACCAUGGUGGCUGACACCCCGGAAAACCUUCGCCUCAAGCAACAGAGUGAGCUCCAGAGUCAGGUGCGCUAUAAGGAGGAGUUUGAGAAGAACAAGGGCAGAGGCUUCAGUGUGGUGGCAGACACACCUGAACUCCAGAGAAUCAAGAAGACCCAGGAUCAGAUCAGUAACAUAAAGUACCACGAGGAGUUUGAGAAGAGCCGCAUGGGCCCCAGUGGGGGUGAGGGCCUGGAGCCUGAGCGCCGAGACUCCCAGGAGAGCAGCAGCUACAGGCGGCCCCAGGAGCAGCAGCAGCUGCCUCACCACAUCCCGACCAGCGUCCCGGGUUACCAGCAGCCCCAGCAGCAGGCAGCCCCAUCCUAUGGAGGUUACAAGGAGCCUGCAGUGCCAGUCUCCAUACAGCGCAGCGCCCCAGGCGGGGGCGGGAAGCGGUACCGUGCUGUGUACGACUACAGCGCCGCCGAUGAGGAUGAGGUCUCCUUCCAAGACGGGGACACCAUCGUCAAUGUGCAGCAGAUUGACGACGGCUGGAUGUACGGGACCGUGGAGCGCACCGGUGACACAGGGAUGCUGCCCGCCAACUACGUGGAGGCCAUCUGAGCCCCUGUGCUGCCCCGCCCCAUGUGUCUUCAGUGCACUCCAGGCAUCGCAUCUGUCCUGGGUGUGACCUGGCCACCCUUCAGUGUCUCUGUUUUUUCGAUCUGCGACAGCUCGUCUAUUUCCACCCUCCUCCAGCUUCUUUUGCCAACUGACGCCUUGUUCUGCCACUUCCGUGGGCUCCUUCCUCCAGCAGGUUUUCUGCUUGACCAACUUCUUGGUUUUCUCUCUGGAUGGAACAGGUGUGGACCUCUCUGGGGGAGGCCGAGGCUGCGGGGCUGCUCUGGAAUGGGAGACCUGUCAGCUCCCAGGCCUCUGCCUUCUCCUUUCUGCCCUUUCAGGCCCUCCCACCCACCUCCUCACACUUCCAGACAUACCAGGGCUGGGGCAAACCCCCACCCCCCAGGACUCCCAGGGAAGGGCUCCAUACAUUCCCAGGAGGGGGACCCCAUGCCCUUGCCCCAGGGUAGGGGCGGGGGUGAGGGCUGCUGCUGUUGGGUAGGGACCAGUGACAUGAGCUUUGCCUCUGUGUCUGAAAGAUGGGGCUGUGGCCCUCUGAGGGUGCCCCUCACCGUCUCCCCCUCUCCAGGAUAACAAAGGUGGGGGAAGCUCCCACUUUGGGACUCAUUCAUCCCCCCCCCACUUGUGUUCCUUCUCACACUGUGAUUUUGCUCUCCUGCCCACGCACACUGGUGUGGACAAGGAGCUGCCCGGGAAGCACAGCUUGGGUCAAGGUCUCACCCUUCUUCCUUGUAGGGACAGCUUCUGGAAGGAGAGGAACAGGGUGCUCUCUCCCACAGCCCUUUUCCUCCUCCCGCCCCCAGUCUCCAGGGACCUGCCUUGCCCCUUGGCAGGAAGCCGGUGGCCCCUGUGCUCUCAGGCAGGCCACUCCUCCCUUCUCCUCAUGGGAAGACAUCUCGGCCUCCCUCCCUGCCACCAAGUGGACUGGAACCGUACAAAGCCCCAGGACCCUCCGUACCUCCAGGUCUUAGGGCAUGUCUGCAGGUGUCUGUCACCUGCAAGUGCGAGCAAAAGAAGGGGCAGGGUGCGAGCCUGCAGGAGUUGGGGCUGACAAAAGGGUGCACAGAGCCACCUUCCGUUUUCCCCAAAACCCAGUGAAGGGGAGGCUCCUGGAGGAGAGAAGUUCCUUAUGUUUUCUUUGGAGUGAAAAUUCCUCAUUCUAUCCCCAAAUGGAAGAAGCCCACCCACCCCCCUUUCCAGUGCACUGGACAGAAGGAAGGAGGUGACUGGAGUUGGUGGGCCUGUUACUGGCAGGGGGAGGGCUGGGGGAGGCUUUGUGGCUCUCGGCAUAUUCUUAUUCCUUAACUCUGUGUCCUGGGCUGCAGAGCAGGGGCCAGAGGAGCCUGCAGCACCCACACUGUGGGUGCCUUACUGUGGGGGCUUAUCCCCCUGCCCCAGGCCUCCCCCUCUUAAAGCCCCCUUGAAGCAGAGGGAGAGGGUCCCAGGGCUGCAAAACUGGAAGCACAGAGCCCAGAUAAGGAAGGGAAGGAUGGUGCUAUCUCCAAGUCCCUUCUCUUGCUCAUUGGCGGCCCAGAUGACCCUUGCCUAGCUUUACUCAUCUCUGGGGUUUCUUAUCAUCCCUCCCGCUUCACCCCUGAGUCCAUGCAGGCCCCACACUUGACUUCUUGGCAUCUUUGUGCCCUGCAGGGGAGGGAGGGGCUUGCAAGCAUAUUCAGCAACACUGCUUAGGAGCCAACUUGGACAUAUUUACCCCAGAUCAGAGGGUUAAGGAAGUGACUGAGGAAGGAGCCCCUGAAGGACCAGUACCUUCCUCUUUGGCCCCAGUGGAGGUGAGGGCAGGUGGAGGGCCUUAGAAUUGAUGAUUUGGAGGAGAGGGAGCAGCUUUGGGAACCUUAGAGGAGGCGCCAGUCCAUUCUCUUUCCUCCCUGAUCUCAAAGCACAACUUGGAUUCUGGGACCAAAGGUCAGAGGGGAUCCUGUUGGAGGACACCAGCUAUUGGUUGGAGGGAGGAGCAAGAAGUGGCCUGUUUUCCCUCAGCUAAAUUGCUCUUCCAAAACAAGGGAAACCAGCACUGGAAUCUUACUGCUAGCCCUUCUCCUCCAGUCCUAAAAAUAGGGGGCCUUUUCUUACGCACCCCCAGAGAGAGGAGGGACUGCCACACUGGUGCUGAGUGACCCAGGGAUUGCUGUGAGUUGUGCUCCUUUCCAGAACCAUCCAUCCCUGAAGCACAGAACCUGAGGGCUGGGCCGAGUUUCUGGUCUUGUCUUAGAGUUCUCAGAGGUUGUUAGCCAACCUUAUCCCAGGAAAGAAGCAUCAAAGCUACAAUGUGAAUAUAACCUUAGUGGACCAAUAGUAAAAUGCAAGAAGCCCAAUGGUGAGAAAAGUGAGUUUUCUCAACACUGCUUCCUCUUUUCUUCCUCACAUCCCUCCAGGGAAAUCUACUUUAUUGCUUAAUUUCUGCCUUUUCCUCCCUCACACAUGCACUUUUGGGCCUUUUUUUUUAUAGCUGGAAAAAAAAAUACCACCCACAAACCUGUAUUUAAAAAGAAACAGAAAUGACCAUGUGAAAUCUGCCUCUAUCCAAACAUUUCAUCCGUGUGUGUGAAGCCGUCCAUUCAUCUUUUUAUAUGGGGUGGUUGUCUUUGGUCUGUUUUGGUCCCCUCCCUUGUGGGCUUAUGCUUGGGAUCAAAUCUUUCUGGCUUGUUGUGAUUCUGAACAUUUGACUUGGACCACAAGUGAAUCUUUCUCCUGGUGACUCAAAUAAAACUUUAAUUUUUACCUGUG